AUGUGGUCAACUGUUCUUACCAGCGUUGCUGGAGUCCUUGUGGGAGGGCAGCUGGCAGCUGCAAACCCCACCGCCGGUUCCCUAAACUCUUUCAUAUCGAAAGAGGGUCUGCGAUCAUACCAAGGUAUCAUCGAUAACCUGGGAAACAAAGGUGUUAAAGCACCUGGUACAGCCGCUGGCUUAUUUAUUGCCAGUCCCAAUACAGCGAACCCAGACUACUUUUAUACAUGGACUCGGGAUUCUGCUUUGACCUUUAAGUGUUUGAUUGAUCUAUUCGAUAGCGGCAGAUCCGACUUUGGCUUGAAGAAGAGCGAGUUGGAAACCGAUAUUCGGAACUAUGUCUCCGCGCAGGCAGUUCUGCAGAAUGUAUCCAAUCCAUCUGGGACCCUGGAGGAUGGCACAGGCCUUGGUGAGCCCAAGUUCGAAGUUGAUUUGAAUCCCUUCACCGGUUCCUGGGGUCGGCCUCAGCGGGACGGCCCCGCUCUCCGGGCGACUGCUUUGAUCACAUACACGAACUACCUCCUUUCCCAGGGUCAAAAGUCCGAAGCAUUGAACAUCAUGUGGCCCAUUAUUUCGAAUGAUCUGGCAUAUGUUGGCCAGUACUGGAACGAUACCGGUUUUGACCUCUGGGAAGAGACUAGUGGAUCUUCGUUCUUCACAUUGGCCGUUCAACAUCGCGCUUUGGUGCAGGGAGCAACUCUGGCACAGAAGAUUGGCAAGUCAUGCGCUGCUUGUUCAUCUCAAGCACCUCAGAUUCUUUGCUUCCUGCAGAGUUUUUGGAAUGGAAAAUACAUAACUGCAAAUAUCAAUCUCGACACCAGCCGUACUGGUAUUGAUGCAAACACCAUUUUGGGAAGCAUCCACACCUUCGACCCCGAAGCUUUGUGUGAUGAUUCGACUUUCCAACCUUGUUCGGCCAGGGCACUGGCAAAUCAUAAGGUUUAUGUUGAUGCUUUCCGUUCGAUCUAUAAGAUCAAUAGUGGCAUUGCCGAGGGUUCUCCUGCCAAUGUUGGCCGCUACCCAGAAGACGUCUAUCAAGGGGGUAACCCAUGGUAUCUCACCACCCUGGCAUCGGCUGAGUUGCUCUAUGACGCCCUGUAUCAAUGGAACAAGAUUGGCACCCUUGAUGUCACCGAGACUUCGCUGGCGUUCUUCAAGGAUUUCCAUUCAUCCGUGAAGACUGGCUCCUACCCGGCACAUAGCCAGACCUACAAGACACUCACAUCUGCCAUCCGAACUUAUGCCGACGGCUUCGUCAGCCUUGUCCAGAAAUACACCCCUGCUAACGGCUCAUUGGCCGAGCAGUACAACCGGAACACCAGUGUUCCACUCUCAGCUAAUGAUCUGACAUGGUCGUUUGCUUCCUUUUUGACGGCGGCUCAACGUCGCGAUUCGAUCGUGCCUGGCUCGUGGGGCGAGAAAUCUGCCAACAUUGCCCCAACCACCUGCUCCGCCUCACCUGUGACCGGAACCUAUAAGGCCGCCACUUCGACAUUCCCUACUUCCACUUUUGGGUGUGUUCCCGCGACCGAUGUCGUGCCAAUCACAUUCUACGUGAUCGAGAACACAUACUAUGGAGAGAACGUCUACCUUUCCGGUAACAUCAGUGCGCUCGGAAAUUGGAACACUAAUGACGGACUUGCGCUCAACGCAGGGCUUUACACUGAGACGAACAAUUUGUGGUUUGGCAGUCUGGAGCUGGUUUCUCCAGGCACUCCAUUCGAGUAUAAGUACUACAAGAUUGAGCCUAGUGGUGCGGUCACCUGGGAAUCCGGUGACAACCGGGUUUCUGUCGUGCCCACUGGCUGCCCUAUUCAGCCCAGUCUACACGAUGUGUGGCAAUCUUAA